AUGUCUGCCCCUUUUGGGCGCCUUGAUAAGAUAGUAUCUGUUGUCAUUUCAAAUCCAGUACCCCAGGAUCAACCGGAGUCAAGCAGUUCCGCAAGUUCAACGGUGGCAACCUCAGAAGCAACAGAAAGCUCGAGCUCGACUUCAAAGAAGACUGUUGCUGAUACAGUUGGCCAAACGAUCACCGUCGCUGGUAAAUCUUUGAAAGUUGCAACUGUCGCGGAACCGGAUCUUGAUCAAAACAUGGUUGAUGACAUCUGUGGUACUCCGAACGGCGACUACGUGGGGAGUGAUACAAGAACACAAGCAGCAUGGAAGAGUUACGGGAUUGGUGAUUGGUUCUUGAACAUGACCACGACGAACUAUGAAAACAAUUGGAAGAGAACUGACGGGACGCCGUUUCCCACUAUCCAAUCGUUGCUUCUACAUAUGACGGGUAACAAUGGCAAUGACCCCUGCUAUGAUCUUGAAGCCCCGCAGUGUUCGGGUAGCAACCUCCCUUUCGCGCUUUGCACAUCGCACCCUAAGGCAGGCUUUGCCUGGUACGGUCUAGCUCAUUGGGCAGAGUUCCUUUCUUUGGUUCACACCAGAUUUGGCAACAACGUUGAGAGUAUCGGGUUCAGGACAAGCGAGUUUGUGACCAGAUUUUACACUCCCGUAGAAGAUCCUACCACACUGCUCAUCCCAUUGUCCGUUGUGAAUGGAAUUGUUGGGGGUAUAUCCGGAUUCUGGGGUCCUUUGGCAAUCGUGGGAGGUCUUGGUACCAUCGGGACUGGUAUGAUCACUCAGGCUGGACUUGACAAGGCAGACCCCACCAAGCUUUGGGGUGAUGUUCAAACAGCUGUUGGUGACGCGUAUGAUGCCGUCCGCGAUGUGCUACGAACUUGGUACAAGGCGACAGUCUACAGUCCCCUACCGGCAUAUCCUCCUCCCGACGGCCAAGAAAGAUACGACAAGAACACGACGCUGCUUCCCCAGAUACUGUUAGACGGCAAUUUUGCAUUCAUCCCAGCUCUCAAUGACGACACGGACACGGCCCUCAAAGCAUCUCUCGCCGCAGUCGUGGUGAAUACUCUCUGGAUCCAAGACCGCGUCAUCAUCAUCAAGAUCUCGCAGAAUGCCUACGGCGACCCAAACAAAUACAAAGUAUGCAGCGACUUACCCACGGACAUCAUAUAUUGCGACAAAAGCAAUCCUUCCAACUGGGUAGCGCACCUUCUCGUACGAUGGCAAAUGGACGGCGGCGACGAGAUCUCGCACAGCAGAUUCAGCACCGCAAACUGGAACGUGUGGGGCGCCUACGCGAUCGGCGAAGCAACGAAAACCCAAGGCAGCAAGAACGUCAAGACCAAGAACAAAAACUGGCUGACCGAAUACGGCCUCGACAAAGACCUCCUGAUCAAAGUCUCCGUCAAAACGCACGAGACGUACGGGUUCCUCUACCAAGACCAAAACGGCGCGCUCUUGAGGCAGAUUCAGAAAGAUCCGACGAAAUUGAGCCAGGAGGAUAUUAUCUUCGCGAAUCUUCCUGUUUGUGAUAUUGAUGCGACGAUUGGGCCGGGCAUGCAUCUCAAUAAUGCGUACGAUAAGAGUGGGGAUAGUCCCAUUGUCUUUUGGGGGGCUUGCACGUGCGUGCAAGGGAAAGAUAAGAAUGGGACGCCUUGGCCGACGGGGACGGAUGAUGAGGGGAAUGAUUUGUAUCCGGAUUCUCCGAAUGGGUGGCUCGCCUCGGAGUGUAGGGAGAAGGGGUGGGCGAAGAAUAAGUAG